AUGCGAUCCAAGUUCUUAAGCUUGUCAAGUCCCAAGAAUGUUUCUGUUCAUAAGUUUCGUGGCAUCGUCGGAAUGGUCUUCGUUGAGGAAAUACUCAAGGUUGGCAAAAUUUAUGUCGAGGCGUCCUUGGGCCUGUUCUUUUCGAGCCAAAUACUUCGGACGGACACCACUAGAGAAGAGCUGGCUUUCCCAAUAUCUCCAGACCUCCUAAAUGCCAUCCACAAGUUCGAGAGAGUUGCUGCGCCGGAGAAAGCUCAAGGCCCCCUAAUCGACUGGGAUUUCUCUGGUUUCAGGAAGACUGCGGCCCACCAGGUUCUAGACGAAGUUCCCUUUACUGAGGCUCAAAAGCUAGGCCACGGUUGUGACAUUCAUCUGCGGGAAAGUUCGUAUAGUCCAAGCGACCUGCAACCCAUUGGAAAAAUACUCAACGCUCACUUUAACGCUGAGGGCCAUGGACAACCUCAGCGAGAACCACUACGACACGGAGGGAGCCUUUGA